CUCGCGGCGUGACAGCGGCUAGCCUGCUUCCCGGCGCGCAGGGUGCGGGCAGACCUGGCUCAGGCUUUUCACUCCCGCGCCCGCCCGCUCCUCGGUUGAGCCAGGUUUUCCUUUUGCACCUUCUCCUUCUUUGUCGCCCUCCCUCAACUGUGUAGCGCACCACUGCCUGGUGGAGUGAGGGCUGCCCAAUCUGGUCCUUCCAGGGCGAACUCCUGAAAACUCCGGGGGCAGUUUUUUUUGGGUUUUGAUUCUGGUUUGCAGUUUCAAGGGAAGGGGCGUGGCGGGCAAGGAUGAGAAGCCCUGUUCCCCUGCUCUGCCUCUGGAGUAUCCUUUGUUGCUUUGCAGCGGGAAGCCCCUCAGAGUUUGGUCCAGAGGGACGGAUGCAAGAUGAGCUUCAAAAAUCCAGGGAUGUACAGGUUGCUGCUAAGCCUUCUGUAAGUUUUAACCUCCGCACCUCGAAAGACUCAGAGGAUGAAGGAUGCUACCUUUCCCUUGGCCACGACCAGCCCUUAGAAGACUGUGGUUUCAACAUGACAGCAAAAACCUUUUUCAUCAUUCAUGGAUGGACGAUGAGUGGCAUGUUAGAAAAUUGGCUACACAAACUUGUGUCAGCUCUUCAGACAAGGGAGAAAGAUGCCAAUGUGGUGGUGGUUGACUGGCUUCCCCUGGCUCACCAGCUUUACACAGACGCAGUCAAUAACACCAGGGUGGUGGGCCACAGCAUUGCAACGAUGCUCAACUGGUUACAGGGGAAGGAAGACUUCUCUCUUGGGAAUGUUCACUUGAUUGGCUACAGCCUCGGGGCACACAUUGCCGGGUAUGCUGGAAACUUCGUGAAAGGAACAGUGGGCAGAAUCACGGGUUUGGAUCCUGCUGGGCCCAUGUUUGAAGGAGUGGACAUCCACAAGAGGCUGUCCCCUGAUGACGCAGACUUUGUGGAUGUCCUCCACACCUACACACGCUCCUUUGGCUUGAGCAUCGGGAUUCAGAUGCCCGUGGGACAUAUCGACAUCUACCCCAAUGGCGGUGACUUCCAGCCGGGCUGUGGACUCAACGACAUCCUGGGGUCAAUUGCAUAUGGAACCAUCACGGAGGUGAUGAGGUGUGAACACGAGCGGGCUGUGCACCUCUUUGUUGACUCCCUGGUGAACCAGGACAAGCCGAGCUUCGCGUUCCAGUGCACGGACUCGAACCGGUUCAAAAAGGGCAUCUGUCUCAGCUGCCGGAAGAAUCGCUGUAAUAACAUCGGCUACAAUGCCAAGAAAAUAAGAAACAAGAGGAACAGUAAAAUGUACCUAAAAACCCGAGCAGGCAUGCCUUUCAGAGUCUACCAUUAUCAGUUGAAAGUCCACAUCUUCAGCUACAAGAACACGGGAGAAAUUGAGCCUUCUUUUUAUGUCACCCUGUAUGGCACCAGUGCGGAUUCCCAGACACUGCCUUUGGAGAUAGUGGAGCCAAUCGGCCUGAAUGCCACCAACACCUUCCUGGUCUACACCGAGGAAGACCUGGGGGACCUCUUGAAGAUCAGACUCACCUGGGAGGGGGCAUCUCAGUCCUGGUACAACCUGUGGAGGCAGCUUCGCAGCUACCUGUCCCAGCCCCACAACCCCUCAAGGGAGCUGAAUAUCAGACGCAUCCGGCUCAAGUCUGGGGAAACCCAGCGAAAGUUGAGUUUUUGUGCAGAAGACCCUGAGAACACCAGCAUAUCCCCUGGCCAGGAGCUCUGGUUUCGCAAGUGUUCUGAUGGCUGGAGGAUGAAAAACAAAACCAGUCCAAAUGUGGAGCUUCUCUGAGGGUGCCAGCAAGGACCCACCACCUUCCAUGCACAUGGAGAAAAGUUACUGCUGAGGACCCACCCAGUGGGACAGCCCCUCUAGGCCUUGAACCAGAGCCCCAGGAAGGGCUUGUUCUCUGGGCCCAUGCCUUUGCCUCCUGUGACAGCUGGGACUUCUCACCGGAGGGGACUGUGACUGCUGUAGCUCCUGUUGCUGUCCUAGAAUAGCUCUGACUCCAAACCUCUGAUGGCACCUCCUGGAGCACCGAGUCCACCUUGUGUGUAUACAGCCUGAUGCGCGGGGCUUCUUGUGCAUGUAGGGCUGGCUUCUAAGAUCUAGAUAAGCCUGUGCUUUGCCCAACAGGGAGCGCUGACUCUAAAGUGGUCCUGUGUACUAUCAGCUGCUUGACCUGACUUGAGCCUUCGUAAGAGGUCUUUCCACUGGGAGCUGACUCAUGUCAGGAUGGCAGGCCUGUUGCCUUGUGCAUCCAGAGAAGAGAGAGUAGCUCUAGGGGGUGCAGAGGCCCUGACUAUUGGGGUUCUGAUGGCUGCAUUGGUCACUACUGGUUACAUCUUAGACAUUCCAUCCUGCUCCCCAACUCACUCCCUAAACCACUGGCUUUUUAAGUUUUUCCAUUGUUUGUUUUUUAAAUUUUGAUUGAACAAACAUUUACCAAGCACAUAAAAUUAAGUAAUAUGUGGCAGUAGACAUAUUACUAAACCUCAUCAGACUUUGUCUCCUCAUUUGGAACCUAAUUAGGUGAGGAUUUGUAGAAACCCUUCCAGCUUAGACAGUCCAUGAGUAUGUGACGAUAAGGCCUGAAGGGCAUUGGGGGAGAGUUACAGCCUAUGAAAGCCAGGGGCCCUGAGAUGUUGAGUGGUUUGCAGCUAUUUCUUCAGAAUUCACAUGAUGCCAUUUGUCCUACGAGUGACAUAUUUGGUCACUGCCAGAAUAGUAAGCAGAGUAGUGUACAGAAAUGGUGGCCAGUUGCUGGGUAUGACUGCUCUGGAGUGAAAUCUCUUCUGUUUAGGGAGAUAGAAGAUAUCACAUAUGUUAUACAUACCUGUUUACAUAGAUACCGGCACCUGUCAAGCAGAGCUGGGUCGAAGAUUUCAAACAGUGCCUUUUGCUUCCGAAAUAUCUUUCUUUAACACCAGUGCGUUUUCUGUGUUGAAUUUCUUGAAAAAGCCUCAAAUUUUAGACUUUGAUUUGAAUUAAUAUACAUGGCAUCUGAAGAAAGUUUUUCAAAAGAUUUUCAUGUGUAUCACCUAAUUAGAGUUUCACAAUAGGAGGAGCAGGGCAGCUAUUAUAUUUCCUAUUUCACUGAACUAAGACUUGGUGAGUUUCAGCCACAUGCCUAGAAUUGUACACCAAGUUAGUGGCAGAGCCAGCUGAGGACCCAGUGUGCUCAUCUCUGAAACUUCAUGAAGGCUUCUACAGCCAAUUUCUACCAAUAUGCCCAGAUGUGACAAACAAAAAACUUGUCACCCAUAAAAUUCUAAACACUUUCAUUAAUGUAUAACCAGGAGCAAACCUAUGCCAAGGAGUUGGGCUUUUUUAUGGGUGAGGUUUGUUUGGGAGGAGCUGAGAUGUCAGGUGGGGUGAAGAGCGAUUUUCUUUGUACUUACGGUUUUUAAUCAUUGUUUUAAUCUGUACCAUGCCAAAGUUGUAUCAUUAAUACCAAACUUCCGAAGACAUAACCAGUCGAGUCUUAAUUCAAGAUAUGUUCUCAAUCCAAUUGUGUGCUUCUGUGAUUGCUUUCUGGCCAAAGUGAAGCUUGCUAUUGACUGUGCAUCCCAGUUACUUCUGACUAAUGUUUUUAGUAAUGGAAACCUAGAGAACUGAAUCCUCAGUGGGUCAUAUAUUUAUGCAUUUGGUGUGAAGCCUUAUUUGUAUAUGAUGCUUUUUAAGAAAAAAUGCUACUUAGAAUACUAUUUAUUUGAAAAAAAAAUUUCAAAUGUAUAUAACGUAUAAAAACAAAUAUGUGGUAUUUACUUUAAGAUUAACCAAUCUUGAGAUUAAAACUUUUUUCUUUCUAAUUUUUAUUUAUUUUGUUUUUGUUGUUGAGAAUAUACACAGCAAAACAUACACCAAUUCAACAGUUUCUACAUGUACAAUUCAGUGAUACUGAUUACAUUCUUCCAGUUGUACAACCAUUCUCACCCUCCUUUUCUGAAUUG